UCCUUCUCCCUCCUUAUCUCUGGCUCCAUAUUGGGUCUUGCUUUGGGAAGAGAGGCUCCCUUAGCCAGGCCCUGUUGAGCUGCUGGCAAAGACCUCUUUGGAGAUGGCAGACGUGGUGCUUUGGCCCACUCAGGAAGAAAAUGGCUUGAAGAGCCACACGAUCCGCGUGGGAACCAGGAAGAGCCAGCUGGCUCGCAUCCAGACGGACAGUGUGGUGCAGAUGCUGCAGGAGUGCCGCCCCCACCUCUGCUUUGAGAUCGUUGCCAUGUCAACCACUGGAGACAAGAUCCUGGACACGGCUCUUUCCAAGAUUGGAGAGAAAAGUCUCUUCACCAAGGAGCUGGAAAACGCACUGGAGAGAAAUGAGGUUGACUUGGUGGUUCACUCGCUGAAGGACCUGCCCACGUCCCUCCCCCCCGGAUUCACCAUUGGUGCCGUCUGCAAGAGAGAGGACCCACAUGAUGCUGUCGUCUUCCACCCCAAGCACUCUGGGAAAACACUCGGCAGCCUCCCCGACAAGAGUGUGAUUGGCACUAGCUCACUACGUCGCGCAGCUCAGCUGAAGAGGAAAUUUCCUCAACUGGAGUUCAGGGAUAUUUUGCAGAGAGGGAAUUUGAACACUCGUUUGAAAAAGCUGGAUGAGAAGGAAGAUUUCAGUGCCAUUAUCCUGGCUGCUGCUGGCCUGAGGCGAAUGGGUUGGGAGAGCCGCAUUGGCCAGAUUCUGAGCCCCGCAGACUGCUUAUAUGCUGUUGGGCAGGGUGCCUUGGCGGUGGAGGUGCGAGCCAAAGACCAGGAGAUCCUGGAGCUGGUGUCUGUCCUGCAUGACCGGGAGAGCGUGCUGCGCUGCAUUGCCGAGAGGGCCUUCAUGAAGCGCUUGGAGGGCGGCUGCAGCGUCCCCGUGGCAGUGAGCACUGUGGUGAAGGAUUCCCAGCUGUAUUUGACUGGAGCAGUCUAUAGCCUAGAUGGAGCAGAAAGCCUCCAGGAGACCAUGCAAGCCAGUGUGGAUUUCCCACAGGAGGAUGCCGGCGGGCCCAGCGACGACGCGCAGCACGUCGGGAUCAGCGCCGGGGCCGUGCCUCGCCGGGCGCAGCAGGCGGCCGAGAAGUUGGGCGUGCAGGUGGCGGAGCUGCUGCUGGCCCGGGGAGCCGGCCUCAUCCUCGCCACGGCCAGGCAGCUCAACGAGGCCGGGGAGCCGGCGGGACUCCUGAGCGGCGGGCGGGAGGGGGCCCAGUGAGCGCCUUCGGGGCCCGCGAACGGCGGCAGAGCGGAUUAAAGAGGUGGCGGAAGCAG